AUGCAAGCCAACGUAUACGCCCAUCGGGUUGUCUCAUCCAUACCCGCAACGGGUUCGGAUGAAAAAUCCAGUAAAGUCGAACCUGAGGCUUCUUUUGUCGCAGCUGCUGACGUAGCGGCGCGUGGCGUACCUUCCUCUACCAAGCAUCCACUUCAAGAAGUGCCAGACAGCCCAGCGGGCCUCCCCGGAGUGUUGCCUGGCAAGGCGCUGAAGCACGCGGAUGGCAUCAAAGAUAUUCCGCAGGAUGGAGGCUGCAAUUCUCCGCCAGCUGACACCGAAUGCAGUAACGAUAAGCCAGGCCAGCAUCAUAUCGGGCUUCAACAGCUGGCUCUUCAGGCCGCGCUGCUGCUAGUGUCUUGGGUCUUCCUCGCCCUCAUCCAAGCCAACGGCCGCCCAACCGAAGGCCGUAAGGAGCCGGAGCAGGGCAGGCUUUCUGCGUUAUUUGGCCAUCUAAGGUCCAGAUGCUGGAGUCGGCUGCCUCUGCGCUAUUGGCAUUGCGCUUUUUAUCUUCUGCUGCUGCUGGCUGCUUUCUGGGCUGCCUCGGUGGUGUGGGAGGACUCGCAAGAGGGGCUGCAGGUGCUGCAGGGCGGAGGAGGAACACCCCUCCCGUCAUCUCAGACCUGGAUGGGCGGGGGCCUCCCCCCUCUGCUGCUUAACUCCGACUCGCCGCAGCACGUGAAGAUCGCUGCUACUGCUGUGGCCCGAGGGCGCGAGGCGUCGGACCAGCUUCUUUGGCUGCUUCACUCUGCAGCGCAGCAGCAGUUCGGGAGGGUGUUGCUGUGGCUGCGAGCCCUUACCCUCUGGCUGAACAGUUUCCUUUUACAGCCCUUUGUGGCCCUGUUGCGGCACACUGGCGUAUUGGCGAGUGUCAACGGGACGUGCAGCGUUUCCGAUGCUCCCGAGGCCGCAUCGGAUAGCUGGGACUCUCAAGCGCCGCGCACACUUUUUUGUGUGGUGACGGGGCAGAAGGUGGCCUUAGCAGGGAAGCGGGGGCGGCUGUGUGGGGCCAGUCUUGCGGGGUUUGCAGCAUUCAAACACCUCCUGUUCGUCUGGGGAAUCGGCCAGGGCGGCUCCUUAACGAGGCCUUGGGGCGAGUCUCUGGCAGUUGCCUGCAAGAGUUCAUUGACUGCAUUUGCAGUUGCCUUUGUGCUCCUUGCUCUUCUGUGGUGCGCAGCAGCAGUGGUAGCCCGCUGCGUUGCUCUGGUGGGGUCGGUAUGGGGACGCUUGCUCGGUAGAAGGCCCGUCGCGGCUGCCAGCAGCCGCCAGCGCAAGGCAAAAGAUUGCAGCACCGACGGCCACAGCUCCAGAAUAGACACGGGGAGCUGCCGAGGAGCGGCAUGGUUGGAGAUUUUGGCUGCGUGCCUGACAUGCUGGGUGUUGUUGCUGUCGGACCGCGAAUUUGUUAUGUUCACUUGGACCACGCUACAGCCGCUGCGGCUGUCAGUGCUCUCAACGGUGCUGCUGCUGCGACUACCUUCUUCCCAGGUGGCUGCCUUGCUGACGUGGCCCCCGCCUUUGCGAGAGCCAGCACUCGUGCUACAGCGGUCGCAGCCCCUCAAGAUAAUCGACCCUGUGGCUGUAGGCUCGAUGCUGGGAUGCGUCCUUGCAGCUGCGGUGUUGCGUCUUGUGCUGCUUUUGAUGGCUAAGCUGGGAGGCCUUGUUAAGAGUAAUUUUACCCCGUCUUGCACCGCGCAGGCUGAUGGCGACCUGAGGCUGCUUGGUGUCUCGCGGGGGCAGUGGGCAGGUGCAAAAUUGAAAGAAGAGACCCGUGCACAAGCAGCCAAGACUCCUCUUGAGGGCCACUCAAACAACAGCCCGCGCAUACUGCCAGACAAACCACAUGCAGAUUUUCGGCGUGUGUUUACGGCGGCAGAGGAGGCGCUAAGGGGAAAGCAGCAGCAGAGCCAGCACCAGAACCAGCUACGGCACGGCCAACAGGACGGCGAAGAUAUUGCGAAAGAUGUGCAGCAGCGAGGUCCUGAAGCGGCGCAGCAGCAAACGAGUGUGUUUUUCGAGCAGCUGCAGGCGGCCCAGAAACAGGUGGAAGAGCUGCAGAGGCAACUGCUUGGGGUCCAGAGCCAAUUACUUGAGAUGCAGCAGAAGCGGGACAGCGAGGCCGCAGCCUAUUUAGAGCGGCAGCAGCAGCUGGAGGCAGAGGCUGCGCUGUGGAGAGGGAAGGAGGAAGAGGCGCGUGCUGAGCACGCCAGACUCAAGGCGGAUAUUGCGGAGGCAGCUCGAAGCCUUGAAAGUUUAAGAGAGGCCCACAGGGCGCAGCAGCAGCAAGCCAGUGCGACACAGGCAGAAGACAAGGCGCAAAUCAACUGCAUGAAGCAGCUGCUCCAGAAGCAGGCGGAAGAUAUGGCGAACAAGACAGCGGAAAUCAAUGAACUCCGCGAGAAACUGGCGCAGGCCUUGUCAGUGGCCAGCGGCAUUACCAAGGGGAUUAGACAACAAGUUGAAAUUGACGCAAAGACCGUCAGCAUGCACAAAAUGCACUUGAGCACUAUCGUCUCAAGGACCUUCCCCAAACUCUCCCACGCUUCAGAUACUGCAGGUUCAGGAAACGCUUCAACAUACACCGAACAACAUGCAAAGCACACUUCAGGGGAUACGGUUGCGUCUGGAGAUGAUCCUCCCCUUCUAGAGGACCCGAGAUAUAUGGACGCGUCGCCCAAAAGGAGUACCGGGACCUUCCGGCGAGCAGAGCUCAAAGAGGCCCUUUCGAAAGACGAAUCGAGAAAGCUGGAGGAGGCUCUGAACACCAUCAGUAAAUGCAUAUUUCCGCUGGGAACGGUGCUUAAAUACCUAGAGCUACCACAAGCGACCCUGGACGCCGCGCGACAACUGCUGGGGACAACGAAGCAUUACACUGGAGACAGCGGGAUGCUGCACGAGAUUCUAGCGCGCACCAGCGCAUGCACUUGGAAGGGAGACGUGGAGGCGCUGGCGACAGUCUUAGCUGCGCUCGGUCGGGCCUGGCCGUCCGAGGAGUCCUGCGAACGCCUUUUGCAGCGGAAGAGCGACGCUCACCUUUUGUCGGCUGUAGAGCAAAAGUUCCUCCCGCUUGCAGUUGUGCCUCGCGGGCGGCAGCGCGUGACGAUCGUGCAGUUUGUCGUGGGCCUCCACGCGCAGUGGCAAGCUGCCUGUCGCCGGCUGAAACGCCUGGAGGAGGCAAUUGGGCUGCUGCAACGGUCUUCGGUGCUGCGCAUAUUGUGUGAGACGUGCGUUGCCCUCCAUGACGAAAUGAAGAGGGCAUUUACUUCUGAGGGUUUCCAGGAUGCAGUAGGCACGGUGGCCGAGCAGGAGACCAAGGGCGCUACAGUACCUACAGCAUCGGCCCGAUCGUGCGCACGAAUAUGGGAAACGCGAGAAAGCCGCGACGAUGCCCUAAGAAGGUUCAAAGUCUGGAAGGAUAACGGGGACUUCAAUUUCGCCUGUCUCAAGAACGCCGCCGACAUUUGUCCCCCACGCCUUCAGGGACUGUCUCUGCUGCAUCACAUUCUCAGUCUAGCUGAAACAGCAGCCAGUGGCAACGCCGCUGCUAAUGGAGGGGAAGCGGAGAGAGACGGUACGCUCCCGCAGCGGCUGAAGUUAGAAAUAUACGGCGACAUUUCGCCUCCUUUGUCCUCCUCCCCCUUAGGUGAUUCAAAGAGCAACGCUGUCUCGCCGGCCUCAUGUCCGUCAACAGCCCCUGCAUCGACGCAUAGGUGCGACUGUAGAAUUUGCCAGGACGCGGACUUGGCCCCGCACGGGCCUCUGCGAGACUGGCGGAGACAGCUACGGAUGAUGAGACAAGAACAGAUGUUCAAAACUUCAUCCCGCAAGACCUUCAGCCCCGCAACAGAUUCACCACAUUCGCAGUCUCCCACGGCGGCAACUGCAGGAAAAGAACAGGACACCCGCUCGGCGUCCGAUGGGCUGGGAGUUGCAAUUGCCAUUGUUACACUGUACUGCGACGACUUGACCGGGGAGCAGAACGAGCUGGCGGACAUGGGCCGACAGUUGCAGCAGCAGGUGGCCAACCAGUGUUGCGGGGGAUUGCAGAGAGGCGGGUUGUUGGAUGUGGGAUCCGCGGCUUCACAAACCGCCUCUCGAGCUUCGUCGGUUUCCCCAGGAACUGGGGGUGGGGGGAGUGCGUCCAUCCGAAGGGUACAUGCGCCUCCUGCAGCUGAGGCUGCCAGCGUCCCGGGUCACGUGCCCACAGAAACCGAGCGAGGGCUGGAUCUUGCUUGUCAGAUCCUCAAGAGCGUUCACGCAGCAGUGCCACUCCUCACAGACGCCUGGAGUGACCUCCGCAAUAUACAAAAGGGAAGCACCUUCUCAGUGAUGUCUGGAACGUUAGAAUUGUCGCCGCCGAAAGGAGGGGCUACAAAUAAGACGGGCUUCUCUAAACCGUCACAACUGCCGGAAGAAGCGCGCCCUCUGCGAGCGUUGGUAACAACAGCGAAAAAUGCUGCCGUAGCAGCGGAGUCAGCAGUAAAGGCGCAGGGGGCAGCGCGGCGAGUGGAUGCGUCGGAAAGCGCUGCACAGCCACCGAGAAACUUACGGCAAGACCAGAUCAGCCGAUUAACUGGGUUAGCUGCAGUGAAGCAUCUGAACCUUGAGACCACGGAUGGAAGCAGCCGCGGCAGCGAAAGAUCUAUUCCGUGCCCGACGCUCUUGACAACCCAGACGACUUCAGGACAGCUCACUAAGGGCAGCCGUUCACGACAGCCCAAUACGACGCUGCCUGCGCCUAGCAAGCCAGCUAGACGCAUUGGUGCUGGAAGCGGUUCCAGCACCAGCGACUCUCCAGCUCAUGGGAGGAGAGCUCUCGCUCAGUUGCGCAACUGGAGCGGGGGAUCAGCAGCACCACCGCCUAGACAGAUGCACGGGCUCAUCGGCCGCUAUAACACACAACCUGCAGACGCACCAGCCUCGCAGUUGGCGAGGGCUGGCGGGAAACACCAGACGGGUGCACCUGUUUUUGCGCCGCCUCUGCAUCUGUCGUCAAUGACCAAUGACCUGCAACGCAGAGCUAGCGGUAUGCGAGGUGUCUUAAACCGCCCAGCUUUUGACGGUAUCAAUCCGCCACCAAGGCAGGAGGCGGCCGAUGCCGCAUCGACGGCUUCAAUGGUUUCGGGAGGCACCAGCGCGGCUCAGAGAUUGCCGCCGGCCGAACCUGCAGCAGUGGUAUCCUUAGAGCCCUCUGCGGCGCAGAGUGACAACGGUCAGAGCUCUCCGUCUCCUUGUUUGUUAGAGUGUUUGGAAAACCAUUUUGAGCCGGGUGGACCGGGAGAGGGGUCCCAGAGCAGCGCCCCUACAGAAAGCCAACAGGCCCAACAGCGGCGGCUCCUGGAUUCCCCAGCAUCAGGUUCUGGCUCGAAUUUCGGUACAAGAGCGAGCGGCGAUGCGGCUUCUUGA